AUGUCUCCGUCGAGGGCGGUACACGCCAGCUUGGCGAACCUUUCGUCCGCCGCCUGCCGAUACACACAGUCGGGUCACGGUCAGCUGCGAAGGGCAAUCUGCGUUGCGAGGCAGUCGACGCCAUUCCGAUUCACAUCAGCGCAUGCUCCUCGCACAUCGUGGACGGUGGCAUCAUCUUCUCGGCGCAGCUUCACGUCGACGGCUGCGAGGCGGCACGGUCAUAUCCAACCGCCGAAGCCUGGUGAAGAGUUGUACGUCACGUUCAUCGAAAAGGACGGCGUCGAGCACAAGUUUGCCGUCUCCGCCGGCGACAACCUGCUCGAUAUCGCACAGGCCAACGAUUUGGAAAUGGAGGGCGCAUGUGGUGGAUCGUGCGCCUGUUCGACAUGCCACGUCAUUGUCAUGGACGAGGAACACUUCGACAAGAUGCCCGAGCCCGAUGACGACGAGAACGACAUGCUGGACCUGGCCUUUGGCCUGACCGAAACGAGUCGGUUGGGGUGUCAGGUGAAGAUGACCAAGGAGCUGGACGGCCUUGUCGUCAAGCUGCCCUCGAUGACGAGAAAUCUGCAAGCGAGCGACUUUCAACAGUGA